AUGAAGUACAUCCAAACUGAACAAAGCAUCAGCAUCCCAGAAGGUGUUACCGUUGCCAUCAAAGCCAGAGUUAUCAAGGUUACUGGUCCAAGAGGUACUUUAGUUAAGAACUUGAAGCAUAUUGAUGUUACCUUCACCAAGGUUGAUAAAAGUUUAAUCAAGGUCACUGUCCACAACGGUGACAGAAAGCAUGUUGCUGCUUUGAGAACUGUUAAAUCUUUAGUUGACAACUUGAUCACUGGUGUCACUAAGGGUUACAAGUACAAGAUGAGAUACGUUUAUGCGCAUUUCCCAAUCAACGUUAAUGUCGUUGAAAAGGAAGGUCAAAAAUUCAUUGAAAUCAGAAACUUCUUGGGUGACAAGAAGGUCAGAUUAGUUCCAAUCAGAAAGGGUGUUACCAUUGAAUUCUCUACCAAUGUUAAGGACGAAAUGGUCUUGUCUGGUAACUCUGUUGAAGAUGUCUCUCAAAACGCUGCUGAUGUUCAACAAAUCUGUCGUGUCAGAAACAAGGAUAUCAGAAAGUUUUUGGAUGGUAUCUACGUUUCCGCUAAGGGUAACAUUGUUGAAGACUUAUAA